GACGGCCGUGCCCUGGAGUUUGCCUCGGCGAAGCUGCGAGACGACAAGGAGAUCGCCUUGGCGGCGGUCUGCCACCAGGGCCGGGCCUUGCGCUUCGCCUCGGAGCGGCUGCGCAGAGACCGGGAAGUCGUCACCUGCGCCUGUGUCAAUGACGGGAAUGCCUUGGAAUAUGCGAUGAACUGGCGCAGAGACAAGAAAAUGGUCCUUCUGGCAGUCGAACGGCACCAGGCUCUGGACCGGCCGACGUGCAGUCCCAUCCAAUUUGCUGCUCCUGAGCUGCUGGGGAACUUUGACUUCAUGUGGCAAGCGGCACAGCUCGACCGCUGCUGUGUUGACUUUGCUGCUGCUGACAUACGUCCGGUUUUGCGGACCGCUUUGGAGGAAAGUCUGGCUAUGGAUCACGGUUGUCUUGAGAUGAAGGUGCCGCUGUCGGAGUUGAAGUUCCGGUCGGAGCGCAGCACGGCGCCAGGAGCAGAGGACUCGGAAUCGGAGUCAGACGGGGACGGCAGCGUUUACAGCAUCUGA